AUUUUAUCAAAUUUUCCCACUUCUAUACAUUUUUAAAAAAUAACUGUAAAUCGUAAAUGAAAACAUCAGCUAACUGUAAACGUAAUUAUGGAGAGUUUCUCUUUUCUCUUCUGAAUACUAACCUACCUAUUUCAUUCAGAAUACAUGUUUUAAUCGAUCAACAUGGACGUUUCUUUUUUAAAGAUUAUUUUUGCCUUUAUGGCAUUUUCAAUCGUCAUUUUAAGUGUUCUAAUUAAUUUAAUUGAAUCUAAAUUGCCGGUGUCUAUAGUGCAAACAUUCAGGUAUGGUAAAUUUUCAAGUGAAAAGAAACAUUUCUUGGUCAACUACUUGGAAGUACCGAAAAAUUGGUUCAAACAUUUUUACGUAUUUGCUGCUAUGUGGUCGACACUUGGAUUUGUAUUAGUAAUACUAGCUUUCGUUUUCAAAGUGCCUGUUCCUGAAUUCAUAACACAUUUUCUGGACAUGGUAGCACUAAAGAAUCGACGGACGUCAUACAAUGCAACUGCUACUACUGUUGCCAUGUUAUGUAUGCUAAUCCAGUGCUGGAAGCGUUUUUAUGAAACCCAUUAUUUAAGUAUUUUUUCAAAUUCGAAAAUUAAUAUUUCUCAUUACGCUAUUGGAUAUAUACACUACUUUGGUUGUAUAGCUGCCAUUUUAGCUGAAGCGCCUUCGCCUUUCACCUCACUUUCUGUUGAUCAUCAGUCCUACUUCUUAAUUAAUGAUAUAAACAUUAGACUGAUCAUUGGAAUUAUUAUCUUUCUGUGGGCUUUCCAACAACAGUAUUUGGCAAAUGUAAAUUUGGUUAAUUUAAGAACAGAUAAAGAAGGAAAAGUUAUAACAUAUGAACACAAAAUUCCAACUGGUGGUUUAUUUGACAAAAUAUCUUGCCCUCAUUUGUUUUGCGAAAUGCUUAUGUAUAUGGCCAUAUACAUUAUGCUUUGGGGAAGUCAGAUUUGGCCUUACAUUUUUUUUUGGGUAUUGAGUAAUCAGUGUGAGUCUGCAAUGCUUAAUCAUUGGUGGUAUCAAUCAAAAUUCAAAAUGUAUCCUAAAGAAAGAUAUGCGUUCAUUCCAUACAUAUUAUAAUUGAAAUGGUAGAACCAGCUACUAUUAUUGUUUCAAAUGGAAUACCCUAGAGGUUUAAGAAUUUAUACUUUUGUUAAUUAUUAUUUGAAUUAUUUUAGUUAGUAGUACUUAGUAAUUUGUUAUAAUCAACCAUUUAUAUUAAUAUAACAAGAAAUUCAUGUUUACAUUGAUUCAAUCAUUGAUAUAUUUUUUAAUAAAAAAUGUCAACUUUA